AUCUCCCAGCGCACGGGAAGGACAGGACAGAGACGCUUCUUAACCGUAUACUACACAGAUAUCUCACAACCAGUUCUUGCCUCCCCCUCCUCUGCCAUCAGCACCCAUCACUACUGUUCUAAACGUUGGUUCCUUCGAUUCUACGGCAUUCCGAGUUCCACUAACACGACGCUUCUCUUCAUAGUUUCCUUCUCGAUCCAAAUCCAGAGAGUCGCAGAAACCAGAAGAAAUCAGACGGCAUGAUCUCCUCUGCUUCUAACUCUCAGUGUUUUCUUCUAUUUCUGCUGCUUUUUCUUCUCCAGCCAUUCACCUCCCGUUCCUCGAGUACUACGGGUGGUGCAAAGGCCUCAUCUUUGUCUCUUGUACUGCCGCUAAGAGUCCAAAAGGUGCCAUCUUUGGCUCUCCGCAAGCCAUCCAACAAGCUCCUCUUCCACCAUAAUGUCAGCCUCACCGUCCCACUCGCCGUCGGCACGCCGCCGCACAACGUUUCCAUGGUGCUCGACACCGGAAGCGAGCUCUCCUGGCUCCUCUGCAACUCCUCCGCUGCCCACUCCUUCGACCCCAACAGGUCAUCAUCCUACCACCCUGUCCCCUGCUCCUCCCCGACUUGUCGCGACCGCGGCCGCGACCUCCCCAUGCCGCCCAUCUGCGACGCCUCCUCGCCCGGCGGUCGUUGCCAUGUUUACCUCUCCUAUGCUGACGCCUCCACCGCCGACGGCGCCAUCGCCACCGACUCCUUCCUCGUGGGCAGCUCGCCCUCACUGCCCACCGUUUUCGCCUGCGUGGCCUCCGCCUAUUCCUCCUCUGGCGGCGACACCGACGCCGCCGGGCUGCUCGGGAUGAACAGGGGAUCCCUCUCCUUCGUGACCCAGAGCGGCAUCCGCCGAUUCUCCUACUGCAUUCCGGAUCACGACGCCUUCGGACUGCUCCUCCUCGGCAACGCGGAGCCACCCUUCCCGCUGCCGUUCAAUUACACCCCUUUGAUCCAAAUCACCCUCCCCCUCCCCUACUUCGACCGGGUCGCCUACUCCGUCCAGCUCGAGGGCAUCCGCGUCGGCCACGCCCUCCUCCCGAUCCCCAAGUCCGUGCUCGUCCCGGACCACACCGGCGCCGGGCAGACCAUGGUCGACUCCGGCAGCCAGUUCACGUUCCUCCUCGGCCCCGCCUACGACGCGCUCAAGGCGGAGUUCUCGCGGCAGACCAGGGGCGCGCUCGCGCCCCUGGGCGAGCCGGACUUCGUGUUCCAGGGGGCGUUCGACCUCUGCUUCCGGGUGCCAGCGGCAAGGGAGGAGCCCCCACCGGGGCUGCCGGCGGUGGUGCUGCUGCUGCGAGGCGGCGCGGAGGUGGCGGUGGGGGGGGAGACGCUGCUGUACCGGGUGCCGGGCGAGGUGCGAGGGGCGGACGCGGUGUGGUGCUUCACGUUCGGGAACUCGGACUUGGUGCCACUGUCGGCGUACGUGAUCGGGCACCAUCACCAGCAGAACGUAUGGGUGGAGUACGACCUGGAGAACGCUCGGGUCGGGUUCGCGCCCGCGCGGUGCGACCAGGCGAGUCGGCAACUCGGUGUGGCGAGCCCGUGAUCACUAUUAACGAUCCGUCUUGUGGUAGUGUAAAUACGUGCGCAGUGGGUCCACGUGUAGAGGCGUGUAUAUAUGUACUACGUCGAGGCAGCUAAUAAUCGAGUCUUAUUCCUGA